AUGGCGGACGAGAACAAGACGGGCAAGACGGACCGCCCGAAGACACCUGUGUUGGAUGUGCCGCAGGGAGACCGCGCGUCGGGGAGGACGGCGUCUCCUGCCCGGCUAGCACCGGAGCUCGCGUUGAAGGCUCGGACUCAGAUGGGCCGGAUUACGCUGCUCAAAGAGCUCAUCGAUGCCCUGCCGGUGGUCCCAGCGGAGACCUCGCUCGAGGAGGUCUCUCAAUUUCAACAGCAGGUCGAGGAAACGCACAAGGCCUUCCUCAAGGAACACGCCUACCUAGAGGUCUCCUGGCCGGCGGCGUUCAUCAACGAUGAGUACUUCUCAGGAAAUGCUCACCUCGACGAGUCGCGGUGCUACCUGCAGGCGCGACGGAUCAUCGGCGUGCUCCGCCACGCACUGACAGCUCAGCCCGCUCAACCGCAGACCAGCUCAUCGGCCGGCGAAACUCGACAGCCGCACUCACGCUUGCCGGACAUCUCACUCCCCAAGUUUACUGGGGAGUAUACUGAGUGGCCUGCGUUCAGGAAUCUUUUCACCAGCCUGAUUCUUCAGAACGAGCAGCUCACGAACGUCGAGAAAUUGCACUAUCUCCGUUCGUCAGUGGAAGGCGCGGCAGCUCAACCGAUCGCAGGUUUCACUAUGGCCGGCGACUCACUCAUGCCGUCCUGGAAGCUGCUCAAAGACCGCUUUGAAAACAAACGUCUGCUCAUCCAUGCUCUCCUGGAUAAACUGUUUGCCAGCUCAACCCCGGUGCCACGGAAGGCGGCGGCAUUGGAUCGACAUGUCUCAGGAUUCAGGGAAGCGCUCAAGGGACUGGAGGCCCUCGAGGUGACGGACAAGCUCGGGGAUUGCGCAGUGGUGUACCAGGCCACGCGACUCUUAGAUCGCGUGACGCGCGAGCAGUGGGAGAACUCGGUCGGAGCGACGCAAGAGUAUCCCACGUUCGAGAAGCUCGACGAGUUUUUGACAACGCGGAUAAGGGCUCUCGAACGGAUCGAGAGUACGACAGCUCAUCCCGGUCCUACCACAACCUCCUCACCAAACAAGAAACCGGCAGCUCAGCGGGUGGCUCAUCAGGCGACUCAGCAGGGCGAUUCGUCGUACCCAUGCGACUGUUGCAACGCGCAACAUUUCAUCGUGAUGUGCACGAAGUUUCGGGAGCUGUCGCCAUCAGCCCGGCACAAGGUGGCAAUCGACAAGCGCUUGUGCUUCAAUUGCCUGGGGAGGCACAGCGUGCGGGCAUGCAAGUCCCAGCGCGGGUGCAAGAAGUGUUCGCAGCGGCACCACACUAUGCUCCACGACGCAUCUGCAACGACUUCGACCGCUCAAAAGCCUGGCGGCUCGUCGGCCUUGGCAGUGAUUAGCUCAUCGAUAGUACAACAUUCAGCGCGUCUGCUCAUUGACACAGGAUCCGAGCUCACCUUCGUCUCGGAGAAUCUCAUUCGGCAGCUCAACAUCCCUCGUCAAUACUCAGGUCUUCUCAUCACUGGAAUUGCAGGCAAGGAGUGUACUCGGACACGAGGAGUCGUGUCACUCACGUUACGCUCGACACAUUCCAACGCAGCUGCCACAAUUCAAGCUCAUGUCCUCCGGACAGUUACAUCAAUCUUACCAUCGUUCGAGGCGGAACCGGAAGAAUGGCCGCAUCUCAGGAACUUGGCAUUAGCCGAUCCUGAUUUUCUCAUCCCACGGCCAAUUGACAUCCUCAUCGGCGCAGACGCAUACGGGCAAAUCAUCAAGCCCAACGUCAUCAGGCAUUCUCCACUCAUGCCGAUAGCGCAACUCUCCAUUUUCGGAUGGCUCGUUCUGGGACCAGUCAAGAAGGAAGCAACACGCACAUCAACGCACCAUGCUUCUACUCAAGUCAACGAGGAUGAUCUCAACGAGUUACUGACAAAAUUCUGGGUUCAAGAGGAGGUGCCCACUCACGAUGUCAACCAACUCACUCCUGACGAGCAGAGGUGCGAAGAGCACUUCAAGGCCACACACUCUCGUGACCCAUCUGGAAGGUACGUCGUCAGGAUUCCGCUCAAAUCACCAGCAGAUCUUCUGGGUGACUCUUACCACGUCGCCCAUCAGUGCCUCAAGGGGCUACGCAGACGAUUCUCAAGGGAUGUGAACUAUCGACGGCUCUAUCAACAAUUCAUGAUGGAUUAUGAAACGCUCAACCACAUGACGAAGGCAUCAUCCAUCUCCAGUCGUCGCUCACACUUCUACCUGCCACAUCACGGUGUUCUCAAGCCUGACAGUACAACAACGAAGCUGCGAGUCGUAUUUAAUGGCUCCAGCGCAUCAACAUCGGGCUACUCUGCUAACGACCUCAUGUAUACUGGAGCGAAAUUGCAUCUGAAUAUCUCAGAUGUUCUCCUCUGGAUACGACGACACCGUCACAUUUUCGCUACGGACAUCACCAAGAUGUACAGGCAGAUCAAAAUUCACAAGGAUGACUGGGAGUUGCAACGGAUACUCUGGAUGGACGAUCAACUCAAUGAAGUGCCAUAUCAUCUGACAACCGUCACCUACGGGACAAAGGCCGCGCCGUUCUUGGCCGUUAGGACGCUGUUACAAUUAGCAGAGGACGAAGGACAUAAAUAUCCAUUGGCUGUGCCAUCCAUCACUCAUGGCAGGUAUGUCGAUGACAUAUUUGGUGGUGCAGAUACGAUUCAACAAUUGCAGGAGGUCGCACAUCAACUAAAGGGCCUCUGCAUGGCGGGCGGCUUUCCACUGGCAAAAUGGCAUGCUACUCAUCUAGACAUACUCAAGACUGUCACCGACAGCGAAGACCAAGGCUUACCAAUCACAUUCGACGAUUGCGCAACCAAGAUACUCGGACUUAAAUGGCUCCCUCAAGAAGAUACCUUUGCAUUCUCAACACGAAGCUCACGCAAGGACGGCAGACUCACAAAACGCCUCGUAUUAUCUGAAGUGGCUCAGAUAUUCGAUCCACUUGGCUUUGCAUCACCCGUCGUGAUCAAGGCCAAAAUUCUCUUGCAGGAGCUGUGGCUGCACAAGCUCCAAUGGGAUGAUCCACUGCCAUCCCAGCUCUCAACCCGGUGGCUCUCCAUCAGAGAAGAACUCACAAGUCUGGCCAGACUCUCAAUACCUCGGUGGCUCAAUACAUGGAGCGACUCGCAAGUGGAACUCCAUGGAUUCUCUGAUGCUUCUCAAUUGGCAAUGGCUGCAGUCAUAUACAUAUCCGUCCACGACUCAGACGGCGCCACGUUCUCACUUGUGUGCUCCAAAACUAAGGUAGCACCUCUCAAGCGGCUCUCAAUCCCGCGACUUGAACUCACGGCUGCUCUUCUGCUCUCUCGGCUCAUGCAAUACGUCACAGCCACCUUGAACAUGGACGUUACGGCAACGCAUAUGUGGACGGACUCUCUAGUGACACUCUCGUGGAUCAGAUCUCAUGCAUCACGCUGGAAGGAUUUCGUCAGGAACAGGGUGGCUCAAAUUCAAGAACUCACUUCAGCUGCUCACUGGAGAUACAUACCUGGAACUUCUAAUCCGGCUGACUGCGCAUCACGAGGCCUCACAACUGCUCAGCUUCAAAACCACGCACUUUGGUGGACGGGACCACCAUGGAUACUCAAACCAGACUCAUGGCCGUCGCAACCUGCACUCUCUGACGAGAUGAGUGCAACAGAAGCUCGCCCAGGCGUUUCGCUGUUGACG